UUUUUAUUUAGUUUGUAACCGUUCUUUGAUAAGAACGGGCGGUUAUAAGUUGUGUUGUCGUUAGCAACAAUGUUUUGAUUAUGUAGUGCAGAUGAUUGAGGAACUAAGACAUUCUGGAAGACAUCGGCGUGGCGCCUGCCGGCUCUGGCAUGGGUGGACGCAGGCUGAUUAAGGCUGCGGCUGUGCUCAUUGUUUUGGGUUACAGCAGUUUGCUUGUUUAUCAAAGCGGAGUGAACUUUAAUUUUCAAGACAAUCGAGCAUCUGUGCAAGUCGCUGUCCUAUCUAUUGAACCUGUUACAAAGACCACGUUGUAUGAUAGUGAACUGGAUAAUAAUAUUACUUUAAGUGAUGUAUUUAUUAGUGUAAAGACAACAAAACAUUAUCAGUAUACAAGACUGCCAAUUAUUCUUAAGACGUGGUUCCAGUUAGCUAAACAACAGAUAUGGUUUUUCACGGACACAGACAAUCGCCAACACCAAAACCAAACAAACGGCCACAUGGUAAACACCAAUUGCUCGGCGUCACAUCAGCGAAAACACCUAUGCUGCAAAAUGUCCGUGGAAUAUGACCGUUUUCUGGAGAGCGGUAAAAAGUGGUUUUGUCAUUUCGACGACGACAAUUAUGUGAAUGUGCCACGACUUGUCAGCGUACUCCAGACUUAUAACCACAAAGAGGACUGGUAUCUGGGUAGAACAUCUGUUUACGAACCAGUCAAGAUAUUUAAGAAGCCAACUAAUAAGCUAAUGUUCUCGUUUUGGUUUGCCACUGGAGGUGCUGGAUUUUGUAUCAGUCGAAGCUUAGCACUGAAAAUGUUACCUGUAGCAAGUGGUGGAAGAUUUAUCAGCAUCUGCGAAGGCAUCAGAUUGCCUGAUGAUGUAUCUGUGGGCUUUAUUAUAGAGCAUCUGAUGAAGAAAAACCUAACUCUUGUACCAGAGUUUCAUUCACACCUUGAACAGAUGAAGCUAUUGCCACCGGAGACCUUCAGAGACCAGGUCUCUUUUAGUUAUUCGAAGAUCAAAGAAGAAUGGAACGUCGUCAAUGUUCCUGGAUUUGACACUAGAUAUGAUCCAACUAGGUUCCUGUCUCUACACUGUUUUCUUUUCCCUCAUUUCAAAUUUUGCCCGAGGUAGUAUUUGCGACAAUUUUAUUACUUGGAUAAUAAUUGCGACUGUUUCUGUCAAAGUGUUCUCUGUGCCUUGAAAAAAAAUGGUGCUUUUUUCUGUUAAUGUUCUGAAUUUAAAUGUGUGCAAUUCAAAAAUCGAAUGCAAUACACUUGUUAAAGUGAACACGAAUGUUUCAAAUCAUUUUCGUAUACACAACACUUUCUAAUAUAGAUAAUAUAGAUAUAUUUCAUUGAAAUUUCGUAAAUAAUCAUUACAUCACAAUUUUGUAAUGCUCUCUAUGGCGUAAGUAACUAUUUGUAUAAAGUAAUAAAAAACUGUAAUUACUGUAAAAGCCUGUGAUAGGCUAGUUACAGUUUUUUAUUACUUUAUUCUUUUUUAUUCUUUAGAAUUUGUAAAACUAAUCUAGAUUUUAAUCUUAUAUUUGAGCAAGACUUUUACGAUGAGCGUUUUAGGUUGUGAUAAAUUGUAAGAGAUAUAUUGGUGUAUAAAAUUCAAGCUAAUUUCACAUUUUGAAAUAAAAUAAACGUGCAUAUGAUAUUAUUUUUCUGAUUUAUGUUAUUCUUUCUUAUGUAUUUAUUAUUGAAACUUAUUUUAUUUAAAUCUGUAACAUUUGUAUUUUUAUCUUUGUAAAAUUUAAUCUGUGAUAUUAGAUUACAUUCUUGUAGAUAUUAAUUGUUUUAUAUCGUGCAUAUAUUUUUAGAAGUUUACUUA